AUGGACAUGGCUCCUCCUGUCAUUCCAGAAUCACGACCUCAGACCACCGCACCUGUUCCCUCCUCUCAACCACAACGUAACCUAUUAAAUCCUCUCCCCCUCUCGGCAUCUCAAGAAGCUCAAGUUCGAGACAUUUAUUACAAGCGAGUCCGCUCAAGAUGUGCCGAUGAAAUUAAAGAUUUUGCCGCUUGUGCCGCUGGCCGCACCUUCACUAUUCCUUGGACAUGUCGUGCUCAGCAAUUCGCCAUGAACAGUUGCAUGAUUGCUCACGCCACCAAGGCCGAAUCUGAUGCCGCGCGAGAAGAAUGGUUCGCUGGACGCAUGGAGCAGAAAAGUAAAAGGGAUGCCGAAGCCAUCGAAAUUGAGAAGCGAAGGGCCGAGAUUAUUGAAAUGACGAGAAGGCAAGAGGAGAAGGAAAGACUGGAGGCCGAGAGAACCAGAGCUCAAAAUUCGACAAAGCAGUCACAAAAACGGAAUGAGUCACCAGAUGCUAUCAACAACGAGCCAAAAAAAGGCUGGUUUUGGGGGAAAUGA